UUUCUAUAAUCAAAUUCACUGUAGAUCCCACUGAUGCCGGCGAUUCGUAAAUUUCCAAUACAAAUAACAGACGAUCUUCCCAUAUAAUAGAUAUUGGGAGCAAUCCAUCCUCCAUAAGGACUAUUCAACCAGGUCAGUCUUUUUACUUUUUUAUUCGUAAUCUAGACUUACAGCUCUUCGAGGUAAUUACUAGCUUCAUGAUUACCACCGACAAAUAUUGUCAAUAUGGGAGCGACUUUCUCCUGCGAAUAAUACUUAUGAAAAUCACCUAGGCGCUUGAAUUUUUGGGGAACAGAUAUACCAUGAAAGUCCGAUAAGUUUCGAAGAGCUUGAAAGUCUCCACCUAUAAUUAAAAGUUCCACAUUAUGCUUGCUAGCCAAUGAAUACAAAUUAUCCAAGAUCCCAUGGCAACAACCCUGCACACCAAUUCUCAUAGUCUUUUUUUCAAAAGUCCCAAUUUGAAGUUUGUUUUCACGACUGUCUUCUGAGAACCCCAAGUUGUGUUUUAUGAAGCAGCAAAAAUUCCUUAAAGUACCACAAGAUAUGGCUUAAUUAAUUGAAAAUGUCAACUAAAAGACCUCCUCUGUAGUAUAUUUUGCUUGUAUCAAGAGGAUACUGUUCCAAAAUGCGAAGGUACUUACUGAUUUACAAUGAAAGAUGGCAUUUACACCAGACGUUUACCAACUUACUUAAUUGAACAAAAACGAACAAUUUUUAAGUUAAUCUAAACUAUUUAGACCUGCAACUUCUUUGCUGUCUUUUUUUAUUGCAAUUACUACUUCAUAAUUUAAGUAACGAUGUAACUUGCACCCUACCCUAAGGAGAACACCAGUCACAGUGUGUUGAGGUGAAGGAUUUUUGGUGGAAAAUAUUGUUCUAUAACCAACUAAAGCGGUUGCUGUCAUGUCUCAUUGCAAGUACGAGCACCCUCGUCUCGGUUCCCUUGGCUUUUUACCCCGUAAGCGUGCUUCCCGCGUUCGCGGUAAGGUGAAGGCUUUCCCUAAGGACGAUGCUUCCAAGCCUGUUCACUUGACUGCCUUCCUUGGCUACAAGGCCGGUAUGACUCACAUUGUUCGUGACCUCGACCGUCCUGGCUCCAAGAUGCACAAGCGUGAAAUUCUUGAAGCCGUCACUGUCAUCGAAACUCCUCCCAUGGUUGUUGUCGGUGUUGUUGGUUAUGUCGAGACUCCUCGUGGUCUCCGCUCUCUCACCACUGUCUGGGCUGAGCACUUGUCUGAAGAAGUCAAGCGUCGCUUCUACAAGAACUGGUUCAAGAGCAAGAAGAAGGCUUUCACUAAGUAUGCCAAGAAGUACUCUGAGAACACUCAAUCCGUUUCUCGUGAGCUCGAGCGUAUCAAGAAGUACUGCUCUGUUGUCCGUGUCCUUGCUCACACUCAAAUCCGUAAGACCCCUCUUGCCCAAAAGAAGGCUCACCUUAUGGAAAUCCAAAUUAACGGUGGUUCCGUUGCUGACAAGGUUGAGUGGGCCCGUGAACACUUCGAAAAGACCGUUGACGUCAAGUCUACCUUUGAACAAAACGAAAUGGUCGAUAUCGUUGGUGUCACUCGUGGUAAGGGUGCCGAGGGUACCACUGGCCGUUGGGGUACUAAGCACCUUCCUCGUAAGACUCAUCGUGGUCUUCGUAAGGUUGCUUGUAUCGGUGCUUGGCACCCUGCUAACGUCCAAUGGACCGUUCCCCGUGCCGGUAACGCUGGUUACAUGCACCGUACCCAAUUGAACUCCAAGAUCUACCGCAUUGGUGCUGGUGAAGACGACAAGAACGCUUCUACUGACUUUGAUGCCACUGAGAAGCGUAUCACUCCUAUGGGUGGAUUCGUUCGCUAUGGUAGUGUCAAUAACGACUAUAUCAUGUUGAACGGUGCUACUCCUGGUCCCGUUAAGCGUAUUAUGACUAUCCGUAAGUCUCUCAUCACCCAUACUUCUCGUAAGGCUUUGGAGCCCAUCAACCUCAAAUGGAUUGACACUGCUUCCAAGUUUGGCCAUGGCCGCUUCCAAACCCCUGCCGAAGCCAAGCAAUUCAUGGGUACUCUCAAGAGAGAUAUUGCUUAAAUUGCUUUUUACUUCUUUUGGAAAAGUUAAUAAAAGGUUUCAAAUUACCGGUAUAAAUAAAAAAUUUCUGGCUGUAGCUAUACGUAAUGGAUUAGGAGUUUAGACUAAUUAUGCUUUGGGUAGCUCAAAAUUUAUGAUAUUCUACAUACAGAAGAUAAGCUCUUAUAAACUGAAGACAGAAAAAUGGUAGCUAAAUACAUGUAUGUAGGAUUUUUAUGGUCCAUGCAUUCCUCGCUAUUUGAAAGGCUCACUACCAGAAAAACCAGGCAAUAAGUGCCAGUGAUAUGAGCAUGGUAGCUGAAGCACAAAAGAGAGAGGGCUGCUUUCUCCAUGUAGCAGCCGAAGUCUCUUCAAUUGGAAUGCACUUUCCAUUAUAACAUAAACCUCCAGCACAGCGAGUACCAUCUAAGUAAUUUAUAGAGCUAGAAUAGCAUACACCAUUGUCAUUCAUACAAGAAACCUUGCAGCUUCUGGGUUGGCAAGCUGAGAUGCUAAAGUUCGUAAGUUCUCGACAUUGCUCUGAUGGAGAGGUACAUCUACCAGAAGCACAGGAACCAGUCCUGUCAUGUAAAGAACAAUAUGUUCCAUCUUCCCAACUUUCAUCCUUAGGGCAUUCUGAAGAUUUUCCAGUGCAAAACUCUGGUUUGUCACAUGGUCCAGAUGCCUUUCUACAUACCAUUCCUGCACGACUUAACUGGCAGUUCUUGCAACAACUAUCUUUUGAAUCAUCGCAAACUGAACCAGUAGCGUACCUGCAGGUUUUCCCAUCACAGCAAGGGUUCUGAUUGCAAUCAUCCCCGCAAUCGCAUUCCUCAUCGCCUUCAACAAUACCAUUACCGCACAUUCCUAUUCACUAGGUUAGCAUUAAAAUUAGUGAAUAAAUAAAGCAUUUGAGGCAUACCCAAUUUGAUGCCCAUAUCCUCAGACGGUUUGGAAAGGCACGAGAACGAAAUAUAGUUUUUUGCUAGUAAUGAAUGCAGCUGUAAAAUUGAACAAUCACUAAACUUGUGCUUUGGAUAGGAGUUGGAUGGAUGCAUAACAUACAAACCUUGGGCGUCACAAAGUAUAUGUGAAAGAGGACAGCAGCUUUCAUUCGGGUUUUGACAUGAUUCUUUAUCACAAUCAUGAAUUAAUCCAAAAAUAUGUCCUAGCUCGUGAGCAAUGAUAGGCCAAUCAUUCGGGUAAGCUGCUACAACGCUAGAUGGACCCACUUGCCAUUCAUCUUCAAUACUAAAACCAUUGCAAAUCGUAGCAAACCAAGAGAUGCCCUUUUGUUUGCUAUCGUUUGCUGUUGUGAGCAAAAGCCACGCCUGUGGAGAAACAGUUUGGCUGGCAGAGUCUUCAGAAGUCAAACUAAGAUACUUUGCACUUGGUAUCAAGGAGUUCUUCUCAUUUGCCAUCUCCGCCUUUCUCUUGGUAAACGAGUUUAGUUUUUCUUCUAAAGGCCUAUUUUUUUCUAAAUCUACCCCAUUCUCACUCAUUGGAAGUUUACCUGCGAAGCAUUCUUCAGAAGAAGGCAGGAAAAGUUGAAGAACCUGCACGUAAAUGUGAAAUGAGCGAUCGUAUAAGGAAGAUACUUUUUCUAUUUCUUGUAGGAUGUGCUUUUUUGCUUCUACGCGGUUUGUAAAUUGGGCCAAGUAGCUACAAUCGGCUUCUAUGCCCAACCAUAGUGUUUGAUGUGACGGAAACAAUGAGUCAACUGGAACAGACACAGAAGAUUUAAUCCGAUAUUCAUGAAAUCUAUUUGCAUUCCAAUCUUGAAGUGUUUUCCUUGAGUCAGAAACAACGUGUGAAUCUUUCGUAACAGAUCGAUACGUUGCAUGCACCAGAAGUCUGAUAAAAACAACCCAGUAUAAAAAAACAAACCGCAUAGCAGAAUAACAAAAAAUAUUUAAUAGAUAAAAAAUAUUCAAC